CCCUGCCUGCAGUUGAACACAAAGACCUGGAGGAGACUCCUACAUCCUUCAGUGAGAAGAAAGGAGGCGGCGAAGCAGAUUAAAAGGAACUUGUGGCUUGUGGCCUUUUUUGUGCAGAGGUCUCCUUUAGGGGGAAAAGUGAAUCGAAGCCACAGGGGCAGUUAAUGAGCUGUGAGAUGAGUUGCUGCUGCUGAUACUCAGACCCCAGGAUCGUCUGCUGCCCUUUGUGCUUCAUGUACAUGUGUCUAUUCAGCCCCUCCGGAGGCGCCCAGAGGAGACUCCAACACGGCCGCCGGGGAAAGACCGCCCAACAUGCCCACGGAGACGCUGCAGACAGGUAGCAUGGUGAAGCCGGUCAGCCCGGUCGGCACUUUCACGUCGGCCGUGCCCCUGCGCAUUCUCAACAAAGGCCCUGACUACUUCCGCAGGCAGGCCGAGCCGAACCCCAAGAGGCUCAGCGCCGUGGAGCGACUGGAAGCCGAUAAGGCGAAGUAUGUCAAGAGUCAGGAGGUGAUCAACGCCAAGCAGGAGCCUGUGAAGCCGGCAGUGCUCGCCAAGCCCCCCGUGUGCCCGGCGGCCAAGCGCGCCCUGGGCAGCCCAACCCUGAGAGUGUUCGGCAGCAGCGCCAAGACGGAGAGUGGCGUGCAGAGGGAGAACCUCAAACUUGAGAUUCUGAAAAACAUCAUCAACAGCUCUGAGGGCUCCAGCACCGGCUCGGGUCACAAGCACGGUCCCCGAAACUGGCCGCCCCACAGGGCUGACACCACAGACCUGCACCGGCACUCCUUCGCCGAGUCGCUGAAGGUCUACCCCACCCACGGCCACGGCAGCACGCAGGAGAGCAGCUCCCACGUGAGCAGGAGGCUCUUGGAGCAGUCGGCGGAGUCCUUCCUCCACGUCUCCCACAGCUCCUCCGACAUCCGCAGAGCCACCAGUGUGAAGCCCCUAAAAGCAAUCCCCUGCAGUAGUUCCGCCCCUCCCCUGCCUCCCAAACCCAAGAUCGCCGCCCUCACCACCACCAAGUCUCCAGAAGCAGACCCUGUGGAACCGGCCUGUGGAGUCAGCCGGAGACCCUCCCUCCAGCGCUCCAAGUCAGACUUGAGUGACAGGUACUUCCGCGUUGACGCCGAUGUGGAGAGGUUCUUCAACUACUGCGGCCUAGACCCUGAGGAGCUGGAAAACCUUGGUAUGGAAAACUUUGCACGGGCUAACUCUGACAUCAUCUCCCUCAACUUCCGCAGCGCAAGCAUGAUCAGCUCGGACUGUGAACAGUCUCAGGACAGCAACAGUGACCUUAGAAAUGACGACAGUGCUAAUGACCGGGUGCCGUAUGGCAUUUCUGCCAUCGAGAGAAAUGCCCGAAUCAUCAAGUGGUUGUAUAGCAUCAAACAAGCGCGGGAGUCGCAGAAAGUCUCCCACGUGUGAGAACGUGCCCGAGGAGGAGGGAGGGAGGGUGUGUCUGUCUGUGCAUACUAAGUUGUGAAGGUCGUGAGGUCCCCUUGCAGUCUUGUGAGCUUCUCCAUGCUCUUUGUGUUGCUUGUUGUGCAGUGUUUGCGAGUUGCAUGCCUGUCAACAGGGGGGUGACCUGGCUUCCACUGGAACCAUCCCGCAGAGCCUGGCUGCACACACAUCAUCUGCCAAAAGUUCCGGACCAGAAUCUGAUUAGGGCUUCCUUCUUAAGCAAAACUGUUUACACGAAAAUGGUAUACGACUUCUUCAAUAUUUAUGUGGUUCUUGUGUUUUUAUAUCCUGCGCUAUUGUGUCUUAAUUAAAAGUUUUAUCAACUGGC